GUUUCCAGUCCUUCGUACCAUUUCUUCUCCUUUCUGUGUUCCAAAUGGGACUCAUGAUACUCACGCUCAUACGCGCCGUGCAGAGCUGGCGGAUAAAUCCAAGCCGUAUGUACGCUGUCCUAGUGACCCAUAACGUAUCCUAUUAUGCAUGCGGUUUUGUGCUCUCGGUAACGAACAUCUUGAUAUCUCUGCUCCUCCAGGACCCGCCCUAUCAGAUCAUUUUGUAUGAUUUCCAGUUCAUCAUACUUGUAAUCCUUGCCACGCGCAUGCACCUCCAUCUUUGGAAGGUGAACCGAAAUCCACACGACAUUACUAGUACCCUCGUGCCAAUGUCCAACAUGUCAUUUGCAGAUGAUGCAGUACCCCUAACAGAUCAUUUUGCAUGAGUAUGUAAA